UCCGUUUGACGUCUGUGCUGUGGCUGUGGCGUCACGGACGUACACGUGCGCACCCGAUCAAUUAAUAAUGAUUUGGAUAUCGGGAAAAAAAGAAUAAAAAAAAGGAAGCGUCUGCGAUCUAGAGUCUCUGGGUCGUCUGCGUUCGAGGUAGCCAUCGUGCGCAUCGGGACAUAAACUGUCAUGGAGGUAGGCGAGGUGAUGAGCGAUAAGGAGACAAUGGACGGCGUACGGCGACACUCGCGGGCGCUCUGCGAGAGCGACGAGAUUGAGAAUUCGGACGAGAGCAGCGAGAGCAGACCGUCUGGGGAAAGAUGGGCCCCAGUUGGGGCGAAUGACGGCGAUGAGUUCGGGGACGAGUAUAAAUACGUCAAUGCCAACAUAGACAAUCUUGCUUAUGAUAUGGAGAGGGUGAAAGUGCUGGAAGAGGAGCAGGAGAUGUUGAACUCGUCUCUCAUAGCACUAACCACCCACUUUGCUCAGGUUCAGUUUCGUCUACGACAAAUUGUGGAUGCACCAGCCAGCGAAAAGGAAACACUGCUCAAAGAGUUGGAGGAAUUCGCGUUUAGGGGAAUACCGGAUGUACCAAACAGCUUAUUGUUAGAAAGUAGAUCUAUCACGCCGAUGUCUCCUGUAGGCUGUGAUCGAAGCGUAACUGAUGUAAUUACUGAUGCGGAAGUCGAAUCCAAAAUGGCAUUGCAAAGAACGAAACAGAGAGAAUUGAUAAGUCAAUUGAAAUCUCAAUUAGAAGAUCUCGAAAAAUAUGCGUAUGAGACUGGUGAUGCCGAUCUACCGCAGAGCGUCAUUCUCGAAAGGCAAAAUAUCGUAAUUAGUCACUUAAAAGAGAAGUUGAACUUUGACGUUGACGAUCUAUGCAAAUUACCGGCGGAUGAUCUCAGAUGGCAAGUCGAUUAUGCCAUAAGUCAAAUUGUCAGCCCACUGAAGAUGAAGGAGCAACUUGUCUGCCAGCUGAAGACGCAGGUCGCUGAUUUGGAGCGUUUCAUAAACUAUCUUCAGGGCGAAGUCAGCACGGAAACGUUGGCGUGCACGUGUGCAUGUCCAGUGCACGCAAGCGGUUCAUCGGCCUCCUACGCCAAACGGCAUUUUGACCGGGGCAGGGGGCCGAUUGAGGGGGAAUCGAACAGCGCCAGUCGCACCAGGACCCUGAAUACCGUGCGAAAGGUAGUCGCGCUCCUGCAUAUGUUCCUGAUGUCGCAGCUGGGUUGUGGCAGCGAACGAGUACGUCGGAACUUUGGCGGAAAUAAGAAUUCGGUACACAAUUGGCGCGACCUACGCACCAGACUGGACAUCGCCGUCGAGCACGUGCUGGAGACGAUCGCGGAGAUGUCGCAGCGGCAGCAGCGCCGGCCCGACGACGACGACGAGGAAGAUGAUGACGAUAUCGAUGACAACGAGAACGACUACACAUCAGACUCGGAUUCGGCGUCUCAUGCCAACGCGAAACUCACGUCUGCCGUAAGGAAACAUCUCGCGACCUCGAUCAGGGAUCUCGUGCAGCACGGCUUGACCGCGGAUGUGACGCGUUCCGGAUCCAGCGUUGUGCCGUUCGUUGGCUGCUUUCCGCAGCGCGAUGUCACAUCGGCGAAUUUUAUGCACGUCUGGGAACUGAUACUCAAGUACUACGAGAUUAAAAACGGACGACGUUACAAUUCCAGUCCCGCGCAGAAGCUGUCACAGAGCUUCAAUCUCGACCUUGCGGCUGGGAGGAUAACUUCGUCGAAGCAGACCCUACUGACAACCAUAGGUAAUAUUAUUGCCUCCCAUAGUCCAUACAAGCGAAGUUACGAUUCGCACUUUAAGGCGUUCGUCUGCGCGGCUUUAAACGCGAAUAAACUGGUGAUAUGGCUAAAGUUGAUCCUGCAAUGCCAAUAUCUUCUGGAAAAUUAUUAUCUUUCAUGGAGCUAUGUUGUAAAGACAGGUUUCCAAGAUGCAUUUCAUACCUUGGACCGCCUCACCAGUUACAAGUUCAACUUACCGAUAGAUUUGGCUGUGCGACAGUUUCAAAAUAUAAAGGACGCAUUUUGAUUGUACAAUCUUACUAUUACCAUUUCAUACAAAUGACAAUGUAGGCCAUAAAACUUGCAUAUACCUUUCAGUAUCUUCCAUAACACAAGCUAUAACACAAAGAAUUGUACACAUAAGCGAUAAAAAUGUACAAGGUGAGUCACUAGGAAUAGAAUACUUAAAUACAGUUCUCUCACAAGUACGAAAAGAUCUGGAGCACAAUUUAAAUAAAAAUAAAUUCUUGAUACAUAAUUUUUUUUCUUU